AUGUGCGGGAAAUUGUUGAGAGUAAUGUUUCUGGUGCACGCAUUUGCGGCAUGUUUGGGCGCAUCAAAUACAUCAAAAUUCAUAAAAGUGUCUAACGCAAUACAAAUGCCAUAUUUGGAAAUGUCAAGCAGAUCUGCUGAAGGGCGUUUUGCAUGCGCUGCACUUUGCAGUGAUGACUGUUGGUAUGUGAAGUACGAGGACAACGGAUUGGGUUCAGGCACCUGUGACGUGUACAGCCUAAGAUACACGGCCUUCAGCAAGCUGCAAUUCGUGAAUAUUUCAAAUCAGCAUAAAAAAGGUAAUGCAGAUAUUCUUCCCACUUUCCAUACAACUGCACCCGAAGUCCUUCCCGGGAGAUGACCCAAAUGACUGUCCGAGGGACAUGACAAAAGAAGAAGCAAUGAAGAAGAAGUGUAAUAAUGCUGCAUUUCCGGACAACUAUGGUCAUUAUCGUGAGGCAAAAUACUGUCAGAUGAAGCAUCACUGGUUAUGGAAGCUUCACCAUGUGUAUAACAACGUCCAUGUGAUGCGGAGCUACAAGGGACAGAUACUACUACUGGAGGAGGACUACUACGUCACACCAGAUAUUAUUCAUAUCAUACAGAUGGUGCAGAAUUUGAGGGAGAAGGACUGGAAUGAUUGUAAGGAAUGUAAAAUAAUAGCAAUAGGAAAUUAUGAUGAGCAUCACAAUUUUGGGGUCAAUGCUGGCAAGGUUGAAGUAGUUAACUGGGACGCAUCGCGACUCAACAGGGGGAUUGCCUUCAACCGCGACCUUUGGGAAGAAAUCAAAAUUUGUGCAAAGGAGUUCUGUAAUUUUGACGACUACAACUAUGACUGGACGCUGCAACAUCUGAGCAGUAAGUGCAUCCCACAGAUGAAGGUGUUGCAGAUGAAGGCCACAAGGGUGUUCCACAUGGGAGAUUGUGGUUUUCACCAGAAAGGGAAGAAGUGUCAACCAGAGAAGAAAAAGAAGAACAUAGACAAGCUUGUGGUCGUUAACAAGGAUCAUCUAUUCCCAAACACAUUGUCCAUAAGCAGUUACACGAGUUUGCCACUUCAAGACCCAAAACCCAACGGCGGGUGGAGCGACCCCAGGGACCAACACUUGUGUCUUAGCUUCGCAAAAAACACCACAGAUAAAGAAGACACAUAGUUAUGUGGACAUAUAUACAUUAAAAUAUUAUACAUUAAUAUAGACUGCUAAAUUUGAUUAUUAUUUCUUUAUUGAUUGGUUUUUAAUUGGGGACAAUAUUUGAUUAUGCUUAGAUAAUUUCCUUUAAAAAUAACUCCUUGACUAGAAAUGUAAUUGAUAUUUUCCUUUGGCAUAGUUUAAUAAAUCUAUUCUGAAGAAUAGAAAGUAUACACACAUCAAGCAUACUAACUAUAAACCAUUUAAAAAUUAUCUGGGUUCUUAUAUUGGUAUUAAAAACUUUUUCAAUAAAAGAUUGUCAAUUAUAUUAAAAUUAGUUAUCAUUGUUGAUUCAACUAUUAAAGAGACCAUUUCACAGA